ACCUCAACGCUGAUUGGAUGCGACUCACUUCACCUCAACCGAAGCAAAGGACUACGUGACAACGGCAUGCGCGUACCUGUUACGCUGCUUUACUGGCGGAGCCGCGCUCGCUGUGUCCGGUGUGCGCGCGUGACGUAGCGAGCGGAUCCUGUCGGCAGCAGGUGAGGUCAAAGGAAGCAGAAGAGCGGAAGAGCCGACAGGUGCGAGGGAAUAAUUUAGCUUCUAGCUAACAACGGACAAAUGGAGCCGAGGGACCCGGCGCGCAGCGAGAGCCUCGUCAUCUGGCUGCAGACCUUCAACACUCCGGCGCCCUGCAGAACGGUUGAGGAUCUGACUACUGGAGCAGCGAUCUCACAGGCCCUGUAUCAGAUAGACCCGGCAUGGUUCUCUGACGGGUGGCUCAGCCGCAUCAAAGCAGACGUUGAUGACAACUGGAGACUGAAGAUGAACAACCUGAAGAAGAUCCUUCAGAUGGUGGUGGAUUAUUACAGUGAGGUCUUGGCCCAGGAGAUCUCCACCUUCUCUUUGCCCGACGUGGCCGUGGUGGCGGAGCACUCUGACCCGGUGGAGCUGGGCAGGCUGCUGCAGCUCGUCCUGGGCUGUGCUGUCAGAUGUGAGCGUAAACAAGAAUACAUUCAGAUCAUCAUGACCUUGGAGGAGUCCGUACAGCACGUUGUCAUGACAGCCAUCCAGGAGCUCAUGAGCAGAGAGAUCGUCGGCCCGUUGGGAGUAGAACCGUCCGGAGACUUGGAGCUGCAGCUGAAAAAAGCCCUGGAGGAUCUCGCUGAGCUUCAAGCUGAAAAGGACGCGUUAGCUCAGCGCUGCCAAGAGCUGGACAUCCAGGUGGCCGUCCUGCAGGAAGAGCGGAACAGCUUAUUGGCUGAGAACGACGUCCUGACGGACCGAGCCAGUCAGCUGGACACGUUCGACGACCCGAGCACCCCCUCCGGGAGGAAGCACAGCCAGCUGCAGCAGCAUGUGGAGGCGAUGCAGGAAGAGAACUUCAGGCUGGAGGCGGCGAAGGAUGAUUACCGGAUACACUGUGAGGAGCUGGAGAAGCAGCUGAUUGAGGUCCAGCACCGCAACGACGAGCUCACCGGCCUGGCAGAAGAGUCUCGGGCACUCAAAGAUGAACUGGACGUUCUGAGGAGCUGCUCUGAUCGGGUGGUGGUGCUGGAGGCCUCUGUGGACACAUACAAACGUAAACUGGAGAAUUUGGGUGACCUAAAGAGGCAGAUGAAGCUGCUGGAGGAGAACAACACGACCUACAUGCACAACACCGUCAGCUUGGAGGAGGAGCUGCGUAAAGCCAACGCGGCCCGCGCUCAGCUGGAGACCUACAAGAGACAGGUCCAGGAGCUACACAGGAAAGUGACGGAGGAGUCUCGGCGAGCAGACAACCUGGCCUACGAGAUGAAGAAGCUGGAGGAGAAGCACGAAGCUGUGAUGAAGGAAAAAGAGAGGACCAUCAUGGAGAGAGAUUCUCUGAAGGAAAUCAACGAGGAGAUGAGAUGUUCUCAGGCUCAGCAGCAACAUUUCUCCCAAACCGGGAUCCUUCCUUCCAGCAGCCAUGAGAACCUGGCAGCUGAGCUCAUUCCCAUCGAGUACAGAGAGAUGUUCAUCCGGCUGCAGCAUGACAACAAGAUGCUCAGAGUCCAGCAGGAGGACUUUGAGAGAGAGAAGAUCUCGUCUCUGCAGAACCAGCUGGAGGACGCUCAGAGGACCAGAAGUGAGCUGGACACAGAGAACCGGUUGAGUCGAGAGCGCAUCAGUGAGCUUCAGCAGCAGGUGGAAGAUCUGCAGAAAGCACUUCAGUGUCAGGGCGCCAAAUCUGACGACUCCAACCUGAAGAGGAAGCUCGAUGCUCACAUGGUCCAGCUGAACGAGGCUCAGGAUGAGAUCAUGAAGAAGAAGGAGCUGCUGGAGGACCUUCAACCUGAUAACACUCCAACCUCCUCCAAGCUGGAGGAGCUGAAUGCUGCUCUGAAGAAGAAGGACGACGACAUGCGGGCCAUGGAGGAGAGGUACAAGAUGUACCUGGAGAAGGCUCGCAACGUGAUCCGAGCUCUGGAUCCUAAACUGAACCCGGCUACUGCUGAGAUCCAGAACCUCAGGAACCAGUUGACAGAUCGGGAUAAACAGAUUCUCCACCUGGAACGGCAAUGUGAGCAGAACAAACUGAGGGAGUACGAGGAGAAGCUGAUGGUCACCGCCUGGUACAACAAGAGCCUGAACUUCCAAAAGCUGGCGCUGGAGUCUCGUCUGGGCGGCUGCCCCGCCUCCGCUCGCCCCCCCACUCCCUCCUUCCUGUCCCAGCAGAGGCACGUUUCAAACGCACCUCGCCGGGCGCUCUCCAUCAGCGCGACCUCUGCAACCUCCAAGUAGAGCCUCAGGGUCACAGGGUCACAUGUCCUGCCACCUGUAUUCAGCCAGGGGACCGACCCUCUCACUCCCCUCCAACAGUGAGCAUCACAAGUGACCUUGAACACAUCUCCUCUCAGAGCUUAAGGGGGAGGAGUCACGGAUCACCUGAUUGACCCCAGAGUACAUUAGUACACCUGUAGGUAGAGUUUGUACUACACAUUCUACUUGUACACAAACUCCAGGUGCAUUAGUGCUAAAGCUCCUUUUCAUCUCAUCUGAAUACUUUUAUAAUGAAUAAAUCCUUCAUCUCUUGUAACAUCUCAGGAUUUGAACUUGAACAGUUCAUCAAUGCUUUUUUAAUUCUCAACGAAAAAAUAUAUACACACCCAAAUAUGAAUGUUGAUUAUUGAAAACUUGAAUUCUAAACCUGAUACUUGAUUCAUGAAUCCAUCAAUACUUUGAAAUGAGAAUCAAACUUGACGAAUGAAAAAUCUCGUUCAUCCAUUCAUAAGCUCCUUCAUUCAUGAACAUCUCACACGUUUGUGUUUGACAUCACGGCCUUCUCCUCUAGAAUUGUGGGUAAUUGGCUGUCUGACCUGGAGUGUGAACUUGAACUGAUUUUGUUGUAAAUGUUUUAUCAUUUCUGGUGUGGAUCUUUAUAGAAGCACAGCGACAACGAGAAGUCUUGAUUCCGUUAAACGUUUUCUUGUGAGUAGAUCAAACAAAUUCUGUUUUAAUCUCUUAAAUACAAGUAGUCAUUUGUUCCAUAGAGAAGCUUAAAUCAUUUCACAUCAACACAAAUGACUUUAUUUAUUCAAGCUUUUGCAUGUGACAAUGAAGCAGCAGUAUGCAAAUGAGUCCUAUUAAUUAUAAUAUGGACAUUCUCCUGUUCUUCAGUUUCAGAGGUCAAAGGUUAUUGUGACCGCUUAGCUUUCUUCACUUUAAAUAAAAUGCUAUUACAUCA